CUUCGAAUGCAAACCGUCAAAAGAGGUCAGUCGCAGACGGGCCCCUGUCAAACAGCCGCCGCAGAAAAAGGCGGAAUCUGGCCGGUUUGCGAGAAUCAACAGAUUCCUAGCCUUCAAUACUUUUACCUGUUGAGACUCAACCCACAUUUUCUGGAUCAACUGCAUUCAUCUAUCCUUUCCCAACAUGAGCUUCAAUCCGGAAACAUCGCCUGUCCGCAACUACGACGUCAAGAACGAGCUCGACCGCCUGCGCCUGGGCGAUGACCGAUCUCCGAACACCGGCCCAACCACGAAUCUGGAUGCCGGCGCCAGCAACUACCACGCAGUCUCAAGGACACAACCCCAUGCACCACAUUCCUACGGGACCGUUGGGCAAGGCCUGACAUCCUCUAUGGGAGGCCAACCCAGCCAGGCUGCCCAAGCCGCCUACACCGCCCUCCAAAACGGCCCCCUCCACACGCCCCUCCCCGGCGGCCGCCAACCGUACUCCGGCCCCCUUCCCACCCCUCACAACCACUUCUACCACCACAAAAGCGACCCGAAAACCCAAACCGUAACCCUGACCACAACCACCCAGCUUCCCCACAACGGCAGAGCGCUCGAGGCCACAGACACGUACAGCUACCGCCGCCCGGAGACGAGUAACGGGGAGUAUGGAAAUUUCCCGCGGCAUGCGCAUAAGGAGUGUUUGGUUAACCAGGGGGUGGGUAACCAUUUUGGAAAGGUGGUGAGGAGCGGUGAUAGGGUUGUGCCGUUGGGUGGUCCGGGGUCUGCUGAACAACGCCCUGGAUUGGCACGCCAUGGUGCGGGAUUUGCGUGAAUCCUCUCGCCAUCGACCCUCACGGUCCCUUCCCUCGUAGUUGGCCCGGCGAAAGAUGAUCAUUGCCAAAACUUAUGUACACAGCCCUUCAUAUAAAGAUAUUCUCUAAACAAAUACCAGACCCGUAUCCCCCCUCAUCACUCAGG